AUGAUGAUGUCGAGGCCAACUAAUUGCUGGCCUAACAUGAGAGAUUGCAAAGGGCAUGUGUAUUGCCAUAUGAUGCAGAUAUACUCAUUGAAGCUAGCGUACACCUCUGCGGAUACCUCUGGCGGUCCAAUUCUGGUGUAUGGAUACAUGGCUGCCCGGGAUCUUUUGAACCCCUUGCGUAAUUACGUGUUCAACCGUACCAGAGAUGAUCCUUUCGUCGUGGUUCAGGACGGCGAUGACCGGUUCAUACGAAUGUCUGGACCCAAGAGGGGCAUCGAAAUGCAGGCUUCGGUGCUGAUUGAGUUCGACAUGAGGAUCAAGAUGGGAGAGAAAGAAGAAGAUGACCUGCAGCUCAUUGAUGGAGCUGUCUGCUUCAGUGACUUGGGCUCAACACCUGGCAGAAUCUGUACUCGACGGAUUGUUGGUGAUUGUGGUGCGUUGGACAUAAGUCUAGUGCUUCUGCAUGGAGCAGCGGAGGCCACAGUACAGGUUGGGAUAUCAGAUGUGCGUGACAGUGGACUAAGUUUGUUUCUAGGCGCAUGUGCUAACAGGAUAACGAAAGAGCUUUGGUUAUUUGACGGUGUCAUCACUGAGUCAUGUGACCUAAACAAGUUUGUGGUUGCUGCGGUUAGGGGUACUAAAUUGAUUGUGAGAGUGAAGUUUGGUCGGAAUGGUGACUCUGAUCGCACCACUCAGUUUGUUCUUUUCAAUGUUAGACAGCAUGGGAGUGAUACCAUGACUUUCUGGCUUGAUUAUGCCACUAUACAGGUGAAGGUGACCUGGUCAACUUUGGAUGUCCCCAACAGUGCUCUUAGAGCAGACAAUCACUAUAAGUGGGCAGAGUAUGAGAGUGUUGAUUUUGACUAUAAGUGGGAAGAACAGGAAGGGACAAUAUAA